AUGACAAAUGCGGCACCAAAUCCCGAAAUCCGAUCCAGAAUCACGAGAGCUCCCGGCGACUUGGCGUCUGCUCAGCCAUUCAGUGCCUCAGGCCUCAACUGGCAAAACCCGACUUGUAUCGUGCUCCGCACACCAUGGCGGCACCUGUUGAGGAUUUCGAGGCCGUGCACUCGGAGUCCGAGGAAGAGACGAAGAUCGCUCCUCCGAGCUCCCGCGGCUGGAUUAAAAAAGGCGGUGGCUCUGGGGCUCGGGCUCGUGGGGCUUCUGGGCCUGGCCGGCACGCAGAGCUUCGGGGUCUUCCCGGGCAAGUCUUCCCCGAGCCUGGACACAAUGUCGAAAAUGAUGAUUUACAAAGACGUUGUCAGUGGGGACGAGAUGACAUCAGACUCCUUCAAGAGCUCUGUGGAGUUCGACGGUGCCGCCCUGGAAGUGAAAUCUAAAUGGCUAACCGUCGAGGAGGCCACUGACGACGAGAGCCUCACCGGGGGAGCAAAGAAAGUUCUGGACAUUGUGGAUCAUUUCCGUCUACAAGAGGUGGCAAUGGACAAGAAGGGCUUCAUGGCUUGGGCCAAGGGAUACAUGAAGAAACUAAAGGACAUGCAGAAGAUCAGUGGCAGCAAGCUCAUGAAGGGCACCCAGGACUUUAUCAAGUUCAUCCUGCGCAAGUACGACGACGUCUCGGUAUACGCGGGCGAAAGCUUCGACACCGAGGGUGGCCACGCCUUCGCCUACUGGGGAGAGCAUGAGGAGACCCCCACUUUCUACUUCAUCCUCCCCGGCCUGAAAGAGGAGAAAGUCUAA